UUGGGGCCAGCGUUGGUCACGUGACCCCUCUGUUUACCAAAAUGGUGAACGUCUAUGUUUUACAAAUGAUUCCCGAUUCUUUUCGAAAUCUGCUCGUUCACCUGCGAUAGUCUUGCUAAAUGGAAACGGGGUUAUGGUGGUCAUACCGUUAACAGUAAUAUGUCGUAGGUGAACAGUACUAGCUGCUAUCGUUACAGCUGAAUCGGGUUCUGCUCAGUCACGAACGAUUCCAGCGAAAGUUUGAAAGUGGUCGUACGAAAGUGUCUUCCGCGUAUAAUAUCUCGGCAAUUAUUAAUCGUGCGCGUGAAUCGUUGCAACUUACCGUGAGCAUUCCGAUAUGUGCACGCUCACGGUGCAAUGACUACCACGUUAAUUGCGCGAUGCCUUAGAACCAAUUAAACCCCUGGAACAGUGCUGUUUUUUUUUUUAUCUUCCAUUUCUAGACGUCAGAAUCUUAUUGUUUCAUGGGGUGACCGAAGUUCCGCAAGGCCUAAUUUCAUUGCUGACAAUGUUGAAUGCACGGCAUUACAGCGAUUACAGAUGAUCUCUGAUGUAGGUUAGUGCGAUCAAGGAGCACUUUCAAAUAGGACAUCUAAAUGUCAGAAGGUGUCCUAGCGUAGCGUUUCAUGCUUUGGCCAGGCAUUUUUAAAAAUGGCCACGUAUCAAGUUGACUACCAGUGGGCUUAUACCAUAAUGGAUUCAUCUAGGAUAUCCACUUUCCUAAUAUCGAUUUUAUUGAUAGUCUAUGGCAGUUUCCGAUCUCUAAAUAUGGAACAGGAAGCUAGAGAAAGGGAGAAAGAAAAAGAACGUAGUAAUUUAUUGACUGGAAUAUUGAGUAACAGUAGCACAGCAACUGCGGAUGGUGCUAAUGGAAGAGUUCAAACCCUAAAUACAAUGCAUGCUCUCUGUCUACCUCUCGGUGCUUCCAUUUCUCUGCUUGUCAUGUUUUUCUUUUUUGACAGUAUGCAGAUGCUCGUGGCGAUUUGUACAGCUAUUGUAGCUACCGUUGCAUUGGCAUUUCUUCUAUUGCCUAUGUGUCAGUACAUCAUUAGACCAUGCUCAGAUGGUAAUAAGAUAUCCUUCGGUGUUUGUGGAAGGUUUACAGGUGCAGAGUUGCUUUCAUUUUCUCUGAGCGUCAGUAUAGUAUGCAUCUGGGUGUUAACCGGGCAUUGGCUGCUCAUGGAUGCAAUGGGUAUGGGACUUUGUGUGGCAUUCAUUGCAUUCAUAAGAUUACCUAGUCUGAAGGUAUCCACAAUACUGCUAACUGGGCUACUGAUUUACGAUGUCUUCUGGGUUUUCUUUUCAUCCUAUAUAUUCAGCACAAAUGUAAUGGUUAAGGUAGCAACUAGACCAGCGGAUAAUCCAGUAAAUCUUGUGGCUAGAAGAUUGCACUUAGGUGGUGUAGCAAGAGAAGCACCAAAACUUCCUCUGCCUGGAAAAUUAGUUUUUCCAUCGAUGCAUCAAGCGGGGCAUUUUUCAAUGCUAGGACUCGGCGAUGUUGUGAUGCCUGGUCUCUUACUUUGUUUCGUCUUACGAUACGAUGCAUAUAAGAAAACGCAACUAUUACCUGGUGGUUGUGAAACGGGAGUUCCACCACCGCGCCACAUUAAUCGCAUUAGUUAUUUUCAUUGUUCCCUGAUCGGUUAUUUUCUUGGUUUACUUACUGCUACUGUAAGCUCUGAGGUGUUCAAAGCUGCGCAGCCUGCCUUAUUGUACCUUGUGCCCUUCACCUUAUUGCCGCUACUUACGAUGGCGUAUUUGAAGGGGGAUUUACGUCGGAUGUGGAGUGAACCAUUCAUAUCUCAACAACCUUCUAAGCACAUGGAAGUUUGACAAGAGUCAUGAGUUUGUGUAUAUUACACGUUAAGGAAGGAAAACUGUUUGUAUGAAUCCUGUUGUCACUUAUCAUCAUGCCCUUAUUUUUAUGAAUGUCAUUUAAUGUAAGUAAUUUUUUUCUAUACGCGAUACGCAUCUUUUAAUGCCACGAUGCAAAUUGCAGUUACGCAUUUAAAAAGUAAUGCGUGUAAUUUGCAGUGUAACUAAAGGUGUAACAUAUUAAGAAAUUGAUUUAAUGUAAUAUUAGGAAUGCAACAUUAGCAGUGUAAAAGUCUCUUUUCUAAAUUGGAAGACGAAACAGUUUUCUAAAAUCGUAUUUAGAAUAUUAAUCGCUGCAAAUACAUUGUUGGUAUUUUUUUCGUGACAUAAAUUUAAUGUUGAGUAAACAAACGGACUAUAUAUAGUAGGCAAAAUAAACGAUAUCGAUUAUUGUCUUGCAAUUUAGUAAUUAUACUUAAAUGUGUUGUGAGUUUCACUUAAAAAAUGACAUUUUUUUUUAGUUUUACAACGAGAUUAUCAUACAAAUUUUCAAUGAUUUAAAUGCAUUGUCCUCUCUCUUUUUUUUUUUA